UCAGCAGAAGCAGCAGUUCUUGGAAGGAGAAGCAGUUUGCCGCUUAGGAUGCUUUUAUACUGGAAUGGGUUUACUGAGAGCUACGUUCGUCUGGAGCUUUAAAUCUGUAGACCGUUGAAUAUCACUCCGCCUUUUUUGAAGUUACAAAAUACUUUCUGUCUCCGGGGUGGCGGGAAUAGAAAGUUUGGGAAAUUAAAUGCCUAAGACUUCAGACAACUCAGAUGACAUUCAUGCAAUGGCAUUCCUUGAACAACUUACUCAACCCAAUCCCUUGCACCCAACCAAGGCACAGAACCUCUGCAAAUUUUGCACCCCAAAAGAGGUGGGAAAAUGCAAAGGUCUUGCUGCAGUUCCUGGAACGUACUGAGAGCCGCUUUGUUACAAGUGUAUCCAACGUCCCCAGCACCAGGGACUUGUGGGGCGCGGCUCAUCCCCGCUCCACUCGCUCUGCAGCUCCCAGAGGUGGCGGUUGUACUAUGAAGGCAGACCUUGCCAAGCUGGCCGACAAGAUGCUGCGCACCCCCAAGUGCUCGCGGUGCCGGAACCAUGGCUUCCUUGUGCCCGUCAAGGGGCACGCGGGCAAGUGCCGCUGGAAGCAGUGCACCUGCGAGAAGUGCUACCUGAUCACCGAACGCCAGAAGAUCAUGGCCGCGCAGAAGGUGCUCAAGAAGCAGGCCUCCGAGGAGGAGCAGGAGAGGCCCGAGCUGGCCUCCGGGGCCGCGGCCGCCGCCCCCGGCGCAAGCCUCCGCCCGCUGCCCCUGCUCGCCGCGUCAAGAGACGCGGGGCCGGGCCCCAAGGGCCGCGCGACCGCCUCCGUCCCCGGGAGACCCCCGCGGGGCCCGAGCCCCGGCCCGAGCGCCUUCCAGCCAGUCCUGGGCGGCCGCGGCCACGUGGGGCCGAGCGAACGCGCCGCCGCGGCCAUGCCCGGUCCCGGGGGGCCUCAGCUCGGGGCGGAGGCCGCAGGCAGGGGCUACCCCGGCCGCCCGGAGCUGCGCAGGCCGCUCCGACCCGUGCCCAGCCCGCCCUUCGCCGACUUCGGGCGCUCUCUGAGCAUCAACUCGGAUUGUGUGGUGGGGUCUGAGUACCUGGCGAGAGAGCCUUCCAAGCUGUACCCCAGCUGCUCCAGCGUGCACUCGUACCGCCCGUUCCCACUGGGCUUCCAGGACGCCACCCCAGCCCCAGGGAUCCCCCUGCAGCAGGGCUUCCGGCAUGUGUCCUGCAGCCACUACCAUGGAGGGGGCUUGGUGUCGGAGCCAGUGGGAGACUUCCAGCCAAGCUACUACCCGCCACCUCUGCUGCCCCCCCUGCCCCCCCUGCCGCAGCCCCAGGUCCUCCCACCGGGCUUCCUCUCUGCCCUCCACUUCCUCCCCCCACUGCCACCGCCGCCGCCACUGCCAUCUUUCUCACUGACUGUCCUGUCUGAUAUGAACAGGGAGACCACUGAUGACCCAGAUGCGGAGGUGCCGGGCGAGCCCAGCCAGCCAUCGUCUCAGGAGCAGUCCGACUAGGCCCUGCCCUCGGCAGGCAGAGUGGGGCUUUGGAGAGUGGCAGUGAUGGCUUUCUUGUCUGUGUUCUGUGAUGUGUAGGGAGGAAGCAUAGUGAUAGGCAUAAGAUGGCAGCUAAUUCCCAUUUCAAGAUAGGAGGAAGGAGGGUGAUCGCUAGGGUUCUCUCAGUCCUGAGCUGUGGGAGUGAAGGGGAGCAAGGAGGACGAGGCGGCCAGGGGAGGGCCAGGGCUCUGAGGAGUGGGGGCUGGUGGAAGCCCACAUUUAGGAAUGAAUUUAACCGUCUCUGGGUUGUGCUGCUGUUUAUCAGGCUCACCCCAGAGUUGGUCUUUGAUUUCCUCAGGCCCCGCUCCGGGGCAGGAGGCGCCAUCUACUGCAGCCUUCUGCCUCUGUCUCUGCCUGGUCCCCAGCUGGGGCAGCACCAGCAUCAAGCUUCCAACACAUCAGGUGGCUGGAGCGCGCAGCCAGGACCAGGGCCGCUGACAGCAGGUUCUGCGGUGUCCUUCCUUACCCACUCUGUCUCCCGCCGUCUGCCUGGUCACGCCCCUCGCCCCUUCUCCAGGGGCUUUACUAGUAAGCAUCGUGACCACCGGGCUGCCUCACCUCUCCUCCGUAAAGUUUAAGCCGUUAUAGGCAUCAUUUCUGGUUUGAAAAAAAUCUAUGAAAGUUUGACUAUUUGAUGUUUUUAUAGAGAUUGCCUACUUAAAAAAGUAGGCUGUUCAUAAGCACUGAUGCAAUUCUCAGAGAAUAGAAUGGUGCUUCCACAUCGCCUGUGACGUCAGCAGUUCCUUCUCUGGGGACAGUUGACUGUUGAAAUAAAAUG